GUCGUGGGCGGAGCCGUUCCUCGAACGCGGGCUGGAGGGCCCGGCCCGGGUCGGUGGUCGGAUUUGCGUGAGCGGUGAGAGCCGCGGGGCAGUGGACCGCUAGGACCUGGAAACCGCUGCGUAACGGCGGGAGUGGUCAGCCCGGGCCGCCCCACGCAGCCCUAGAACGGCCCAGCGUGCGCGGCGCUCGGAGUGCCGAGGAGCGGCACUGUGUGGCCUUUGUGAAGGGAAGGGCAGCGCCGGCGCCUCCGGGAAAGAAGUAACGGACAUCAGCUGAGGAGAUGCGAGGAGGACGGCGGAUGAGCGGAGCUGAGGAGGGCGCGGCGCUGGGCGGGGCCUCAGGAGAGCACCGCAGGACAGUAAGCGCUCCUCGUCCAGCCAGGUGUCAGUAUCUGUACUGUGGGAGGGAGCGGCUGUCCGGGAGUUGAGCGCAUAGUAUCCCGCGGUGGAAGGGCUGACCGAAGCACGGCGCCUCGGCUGCCCCUCAUGCGUGCUGCGUUCCGGAGCCCUCGCUGUACCACACUGCAGAAGGGAGCGUCCUGCGGGGUUACAGUUCACUCAGCAGAGGAAAGUCCUUUUCCAGCAUUCCAGCAGAAUGAAAGCAAAUGGAGGGAGCGUCUGCACAGAGCCAGAGAUGCAAGACUGGGCGGUGGAAGGGGAUCUGGAUGAGGUUUUGCCUUCUCACCGCAAGCAGUUUAUGCUAUGCAUGUCCGCAGCAAAUCAACUGUAGGAUGACAUGGUGCUCAGUAAGAGGUUAGUUGAAAUAGUAGAUUCUUCUGUUUUGCAGUAACUUGACUGAAGUGUGAAACGUUAAUCUGGCUCACAUAAUUUUCAAGAACUGCUUCUGCAGCCUCUCAUUGAAGAGCUGAAACAAAAUAUUUAGAGGUAGCAGUACUCAACCAGUGGUGAAUGGGCAAACUGAAACUUUGGGGUGUGAGUAAUCAGCUCACGGCAGUGCUCGACUCCCACCCAUGCUGCUCUGGGAGCUGAAGCAGAGCGCCCGUGAGUGUGUAGGGCAGGUCCAGGGGCUGGUGGCUGCAGAGGCUGUGCCAGGUGAGACAAAAGCCUGAGCUUGUGGCACCCAGCCGGAGAAGCAGUGCUUCUAGAAGCUAGCUGCAGAAUUGGGCCAAAGGCACAGAGCAGCAGGCUCUGCAGGAGCCCAAUCCCCCCCAAGGCUGCGGGACGGCAGGUCUGUGUGCUGCAAGGGCAGUGCCUCAAGGACAGCUCUGCUGGGAUGGAGCUGUUUCUGGGGGGAGACCAGCCAUUCUUUGCUAAGAGCAACUUCUCCCAGUGCACAGGCUGCCACUGCCGAGCUGCGUGUGCUUGGUUUUGUUUGCUGAGAGGUUUGGAGAAAAGUCAGAUUAUUGAUGACAGCCCAGACUGCUCAUUUUCUGGCUGUGAUCCACAUCUGGAAUAUUCUUCUCUUUACUGUCUUUCUAUAGUUUAUUGCAAUAAAAAGGAAAUGCUAUUGGGUAUUAAGAAUAAAUUAAGAAUUAUUAAGAAUUUGGAUUCAGAAGGUGACAUUUACCUAGUGAGUUAAAUACCCAUUUCUUCUGUACGUGCACAUUAUUGGAGUGACUACACUUAUAAAUAUGUAGCUUGGAAUCUGAGAUCUUCAGAUGUGCCAUUUUUUUGACAUGAGAAGAGAGUGGCUGCUUUCCAAAUUACUGGGCAGCCUUGGGAGAGAGCGGGGCAAACCAAUAAUUACAAGGUUAUAUUGUUUUUAUAUAUGAACAUUUCAUAAACUAAACCCAAAGUCUGAGUUUCCACAUCAACUGCAUCAGUCAGCAGCAUGCUUAUAUCAGAGACUUCCGUAUUUUCUGUUACUUUACCGAGCAUCAAAGUGAAGCUUAGUGCAAACAAAAAAAAUCAAACUAGACAAGCAAGAGCUGAAUAUUCUUAGUCUCAUUCUUUGUGCGUGGUAAGGUGGAUCUAGGUGAACUUCCUCUGGCCUAGAAGAGGUUUAAUAUUUUCAUGGUAGGGUAAUUUAAGGGUCUGCUCAGUGGGACGUAGCUUCAUAUACUCAAUGAGAACUGCAGGCAGGGUAAGGUGAAGUACGGGUUGGGUGCUAGAUCUCUGUGUGAAAUAAACGCUGGAACUGGGACAGCCUUGUGCUUGACGUGUGGUGUAGGCUGGGAGAGCUGUGGUGUGCACCGUCUGCUUUUGGUGGCUCAGACCUUUUGAACUGCAGUCACAGCUUGUAUGAGGCCGAGUAGGAAUAAAGUCUUUAAGAAAAUGUCACUUUGUAUUGCACAGUAAGAAAUCCACCUUGUCAGCACUUGAAAAAAAGCACUCGAUUUGCUUUGGACUGUAGUCAAAAAGGAAUACAGUAAGGGAACGGACACUGAUAUAAAUACGGCCGGCCGCCGGGAGCCGAGCCCGGAUCCGAGCGCCGCAGCCGAGGCGGAGCUCGCCCCGCUCUGGGAGGGGCUGCAGGCGCUGUGCGGACCCUCAGCCCCGCCGGUGAGCGCGGAGUGGUGCGGUGCGGUGCAGGCCCUGGUGGCGCUGGGGCUCCUCCCGGGGCUGCAGCUGGGGUGCGGGGCGCGUCCUGCUCCUGGCAGAGCGGGGAGGAGCGGGCCGGGCGGGAGGGCGGCAGGGCAGCAGUGGGCGGGGCGGCAGGAGGGCCGUGCGCCUGCGGGAGCGCUACCGCCUCUCCUCGGGAAACCGGAAGGACGUUCCCGGACGCGGAAAACUUGCCUUAUUUCUCCUCUUGUAAGUGAUGCUUCGCUGUGCUCGGGAAGCCGGCGGCCCGUGCUGCGGUGCGGAGCGACUCGCGGCCCGGCGGGCGGCACUGCGCCUCGGGACGCCGCUCUCUCUUUCUUCUCUCCCUUCUCCUCUCCUCUCUCCCCCGCCCGCGCUGCCCGCGCUCCGUGUCCGCUGGAGUCGCGGUAAGCGGGGCGCCGCGCUGUGCUGCGGCCUGUGCUGUGCGGCCGUGUCCGUAACCGCGUCGGUGCCUGUCUGACCGCAUUAGAUGUGAUCGCCUGAGAGAACGGAGCGAGAGCGCUAAGUGAAGAGAACGGUAUUUUUUGCAAGUUUGACGAAAGUCACUCUUUGCUCAUCUGUGCGUGUUCUGAAAUGGCAGCGAGGAGCAGGCGCUGUUACGGGCGCACGGAGCUCAGGGCUGGGCCGGGGCGGCGGGCGGCUCGGGGCAGCGCCCGGUCUGCGGGCUUCGCCUCUGCUGCGCCCCGUGCCUGUACUGGGAGAGCACGGCGAGGCACUGACAGCCACGGGAAGCAAUGCUGUACCAGCUUGAAGAUCUGCUUGCAUAAGGUAUGAAAGAAGAUGGAAGAAGAUGAGAUCUUACGCGGUGAACCCAAGAUGGCAGAAGUUACAGCGCGCGCUACCCCUGGGGCUGGUCGGCGGGUGUCAGUUAGUGAGUUCCUCUGCCAUUGCUGUUAUGACAUUCUGGUCAAUCCCACCACCCUGAACUGCGGGCACAGUUUCUGUAGACAUUGCUUAGCCUUGUGGUGGGUGUCCUCCAAGAAGAAUGAAUGUCCAGAAUGCAGAGAAAAAUGGGAAGGAUUCCCCAGAGUCAACAUUCUCCUCAGGGAUGUUAUUGAAAGGCUGUUUUCCGAUGCCAUUGAACAAAGAAAAGAAGAUAUUCAGCAAAACAGUGAUGUAGUGCGCAGCUUAGCAACCUUCCGAAAAUAUGGGAAUGACCAGAUUUCUACAGCUCCAAACAUGGGAAGAAUUAAUCCUCGAGGAAGAGGGUUUUUCUCAGGAGUUCUGACAGCUUUAACUUGUGUAGCAGUAGUACUACUUGGGUAUCACUGGAGUAGCAGAGAAUUUGAAGAUGAUCUUCUUGUCCACAAGCCUGUUGCUAAAUGGACUGCAGAAGAAGUGGCACUUUGGCUAGAGCAGCUGGGCCCAUGGGCUUCUCUUUAUAAAGAAAGAUUUUUGAUGGAGAAAGUGAAUGGAAGGCUCCUUCUAACCCUGACAGAGGAGGAUUUCACAAAAGAGCCUUACAGUAUAGAGAACAAUAACCACAAGAAAGCGAUUACAGCAGAAUUGGAAUGUGUCAAAACUUUAGGUGUUAAACCUCCACAGAACCUUUGGGAAUACAAGGCAGUAAAUCCAGGAAAAUCACUCUUUCUUUUAUAUGCACUCAAGAAUUCUCCAAGACUCAGUAUGUUAUACUUAUAUCUGUUUGAUUAUACUGAAGCUUUCCUACCGUUUAUCCACACCAUUUGUCCUAUGCAAGAGGACCAAUAUGAAGACAUGGUCACAAAAUUAUUAGACCUUAAAGAUCCCACUUGGAAACAGUGGAGAGAAUUCACUGUAAAGUAUAUAUUUUUGCCAUACCAGUUGGUGGCUGAAUUUGCUUGGGAUUGGCUGGAUGUGCAUUACUGGACAUCAAGAUUUAUCAUUGUAAAUGCCAUGUUACUCUCUGUUCUGGAAUUAUUCUCCUUUUGGAAGCUCUGGUCAAGAAGAGAAUUGAAGACUAUUCCUCACAGAAUGUGGAAACAUUUUUGGAAAGUCUCAACCCAGGGUCUUUUUGUUGCAGUUUUUUGGCCUUUUAUUCCUCAGUUUGUCUGCAAUUGUUUGUUUUACUGGGCCUUGUACUUUAACCCAAUUAUAAACAUUGAUCUUGUAGUUAAAGAAAUAAGGCGUCUGGAGACACAAGUGCAGUGACUGAACGAACUUCUGAGCUGGUUAGUUUCUAAAAAUGCAUGUUUGAAAGAAACUUUGUGUUUUGUUUUGUUUUGUUUUUCUUUUAUAAUGUGGCAGUGAAAGUAGAUUAUGUUAACUUAAAUAUACAAAAAAGCCUUGAGGUAAGUUACUCUUAAACAGCUGAUUCCAAAUCUGAGGAUGGGCCUCAUUACCCAAAAUGAUUUUCAUAGUUAAUAAAAAGCAAAUAUAUUCCUGAUUUAGCCAUUUGAAACUUAGUCAUGUCAUCAUAUUUUUGAUCAAAUAGUACUUCUUUGUUCUGUCUUAAAAUCAGUGUCUUGAAAAGCUACGGUGGGAUUUUCACUUAGUAUUUCACACCUGCAAUGCGUUGCUCAGAACUUGAGUUUGCCAAAGGAAAGCUGAAAGGAUAGACUUGAUAUUGAAAGUACUUUAGUGUUUUCAGCCUGCUUUACGUGUGAAGUUCUGACUAAGAAAUGCACAGUAAGGUGGUUCUAAAAUUCCCUACGUAGAUGGCAAAGACCAAGCUUUGUCCUCUGGAAAAUAUGGCGAUUGCUGAUCACGUUUUUUUUUUGUUCUGCUCAGAUCAGUUAGACUUCAUCAACAGCUUCUUUCAUGCUCUUUUAAACUCUGUUGCUAAUCCUUAAAUUCACAAUGAGCUCUUAAAAGGAUUAUUUUGGAUAUGUGACCUGACACUGUAAUUAUGCCUUACUGUAAUGAAAGGUGUGUAUCUAGGUCUGUGAAUGAACAUUGACUGAAAAUAUGGACCAUUUUGUAUAAAUGGAUUGACACUUACUAAUGUGAGGUUUUUUGACCUUUCAUUAUGCAUUGUGAGGGAUUUUUUGUUGUUGUUGUUGUUGUUGUUUUUGCAUUUGUAUCAUGGAUAUGAACUUUAAAUUUGCCUAUGAAUAUUUUUUAAAGAUUAAAAAAAUCAUUUUAAAUCUUC